AUGCGUAAGAAGAACGACUUAAACUUAGUAUCUAUCUAUCUAUCUAUCUAUCUAUCUAUCUAUCUAUCUAUCUGUUGUGGAUUCCGAGAUGAAAUUCGUCCAAGUAACACGCUGGUCGAGUCCACUUGUAUCACAAAGGGGGGUGACCCCAUAACACUAUCUAUCUAUCUAUCUAUCUAUCUAUCUAUCUAUCUAUCUAUCUAUCUAUCUAUCUAUCUAUCUAUGGCAACCUUUUCAUUAUCUAUCUAUCUAUCUAUCUAUCUAUCUAUCUAUCUAUCUAUCUAUGGCAACCUUUUCAUUAUCUAUCUAUCUAUCUAUCUAUCUAUCUAUCUAUCUAUCUAUCUAUCUCUUAAUUAUCACGCAUACAUACUUUCUUUGUUUAAUAUUUCUUUCUCUGAUAUUUUUAUCUACCUGAGACCCCCACCUAAAUUUUUUCGUCCUUCCUUCCUUCCUUCCUUCCUUCCUUCCUUCCUAUCUAUCUAUCUAUCUAUCUAUCUAUCUAUCUAUCUAUCUAUCUAUCUUUCACUCUUGCAGUCUAUUUUCGCCUGCUUCUAUCUGGCCUAG